CGGCGCAAUCCGCCGUUGAAUCAUCAAGAGUAUGACGGCGUACGUGCCGCCAGAGUGGGCGGCGAAUGGGUCGAACCGGCAUGGCUUGUCGGUGGAAGUCAUCAAGGGAGGCAUCAUCGUGGAAAAGUUGGCGCUGGAUACGUCCGUCAAGCCGUUCCUUGUCGCAGGGCGCAUGGAGCCUCUGUGCGACAUCGUGCUGCAGCAUCCUUCUGUAUCCCGCACGCACGCAGCCCUUCAAUUCGACUCGAAAGGACACCUCUUUGUGGUGGACUUGGGCAGUACCCACGGCACGUUCGUCAACAAGCGGCGCAUUCCCGCCACCGAUCCCGUCGAGCUGCAUGUCGGGGACGUUGUUGUGUUUGGCGAGUCCACACGUAUCUACACAAUCCUGGGACCGCAUGACCUCAUGCCCGAAGAAUACUCAUCCGACAACCUGGCAAAGCUGCGAGCCAAGUUGGAAGCUCGACAUGCACGCCGCUCUCUUCAGAAAAAGAAGGAAGCCGAGGAAGCGGAUCAUGGAGCGACGUGGGGGUUCCGAGAAGAUGCUGUUGAGGAAAGCGACAGCAGCGACGACGAAGCAGCGCCGGCCACGAGCAAGCCCAACGUCGUCCCGCUGCCCGAUUACUUGCGCCACCGCAAAGCCGACGUGUCCGGGCCGUACGUGUCGAACGUGACCAAGGACAGCGUGAACUUGACGAAAGAUGCCAAGUUGUAUACGCGCCUGCAGAACCGCAUUCAAAAGCUCGAGAACGUCAAGCUCGAGAGCCAACGCAUCCGAGCCAAACAGAACGUCGGGCUCACGGAGGGCCAGGAAGCUGCGCUCGCGCGCAACGAAACGCGGAUCCAAGAACUGCACGACGAAAUCGAAACCCUCGAGGCGCAAUUGCUGGCCAAACACACGCAGCGAACGGCGCAAAAGGACGUUGCAGCCAAGAUGACGGCCGCGAAAGCGAACGCCUCCGUGUACGCUAGCGACGACGAUGACUUUUUCGACCGCACCAAAGCCAACCGCGCCCCGGCCAAGCACAAGGCGCACGGAGGCCAAGUGCUGACGUACGCAUCGAUCGCGGCCACGUUGGCGGGACUUCGCGCCGAUCUAAAGCUCCUGGAAGCGACACUUCCCGCAUCGACCAACACGCCCAGCGCCCCGACGGACGAUCGGGACGACGUCGACAGCUUGGACAAGUACAUGAUGGCGUCGGCGCGGUCGUUGGUCGAGGAGGACGCCGCCAAGGCCGAAGCGGGUCGCACGGAGUUACGGCAGAGGAUCCGCGAGAUGGAAUCGCUCCUCGAGGUCGCGACGCCCGCGUGGGCAAAGCUCGUGGCUCCCGCUGCUCGCGACAACGCUUCCAACUCGACAUUCUUAGACCCGCCGCCAUCGACCUCUUUGGCCCAAGUCACGCCGAACGCCGUCGAGCCGUUGAUGGCCACCAACUCGCCAGACCAACAUGUUAUGACCGAGCCCUCCGACGACGCCCCGCAACCAUUCGAAUCUGCCCUGGAUGUGUCGUCGCGGCCGCUGACGACGGACGACGUCGCCGGCGGCUCUGCCAAGCACGGCCGUGAUGACCCAGAGGCAACGGAAGCGCCGCGACCGAAACGCGUCCGCCUCCGUCGAAAGGACGUCGCGACCAAGCCCCCCGCUGGGACCACAAGCGUAUUCGACAGCACCAUCCUGGAAGGCGGCGACGUCGUAUGGCAGCCCCCCACGAACCAAACAGGCGAUGGCCGCACCGCGCUCAACGAUAAAUACGGCUAUUGAUGUACUUGCAACGGAAAACGCACAUUGUGGAAGGGCAGAGAGCGCGGUCGCAUCGUGUCGAGGCAGCUGGCCCCCAACGAAGCACAAAGAUCAUCGUGCUUCCAACCACCUGCGCCCCAAGCGGCAAGUGGUCAGUAUUCGUCCAGCAGCGGGUGGUGCAUAUGGUCCGCCGGGGACGCGCACGGCGCCACGGGAUCGAACACAGCUGACUUGCAUGUCCCACGUGUGUGGCGGUGGCGCCACGUGGCGCGGAAAUGAAUCUUCGUCUGUUGGCGACAGACUGCUCGAGCGGCUGGAGUGGACGACUGCGGGACGCCAUCC